CGACCCUGGUAGCCACAGCAACAGCCACUAGAGGAGGGAACCUGGAGGGUCUGAUGGCCGAGCUGGAGGGCUGCGCGGGGCCAGGCUUCCCAGUUACUUCUUGGACCAAGAUGACCGAUGGGAAUUUUUCCACGUCAACAAAUGGUUUCAGCUCAUUGAAAGUUCUGGAUGAGAAGUCGGGCAAUCAUAUUCAGAAUCUUCAAUGUUUGAAUGUAAAGACCCCUAGAUCCCUUUCAUUGCCUGAUUAUAAACCUAAGUUGAAACUCAGCGAUUUAGAUGAUAGACAUAGCCUUAAAUCAGUGGAUUCAGGUAUUCCAACCCUGGAAAUAGGGGACCCAGAACCUGUCCACUGUAGUGUGUUAAAUGUUAAAAGAAAACCCUCUGAGCCAGAAAUUGUCCCCGAUCGAACUUUUCAGAGUGCAGGCACGCUCCCGUCAUAUGUGCCUCCUCUUUCCACAAACACUGAACGGGAGCAUCGUGUACGGAAGUCUUCUACUUUCCCAAGAACUGGGUAUGACACCGUGAAGCUCUAUAGUCCCACCUCUAAAGUUCUGACUCGAAGUGAUGAUAUUUCCGUAUGCAGUGUAUCAAGUCUCAGUACUGAACUGUCCACAACCUUAUCUGUUAGCAAUGAAGAUAUCUUAGACUUGAUGGUCACAAGUAAUUCAAGUGCGAUUGUGAAGCUUGAGACCGAUGAAGCUCAUUUUUCAGAUAUUACAUUGAACUCUGCAAAAGAAAUUGGUGAUCAAAAACUGAAUGCCUGUGAUGAAGAAACAGAAGUGGAUAGUAAACCAAAAAUAUUGGGACCAUUUGCUAACUUCUUUACAAGGAAUUUGUUUGCAAAAAAGCAAACUGCAAGACUCAACACACAUGAUGACUUGGGGUGGAAACUAUUUGGGAAAGUAUCACUUCGAGAGAAUUCUCAGAAAGAUUCUAAGAAAACACAAAAGGAAUAUGAAGAAGAAGCUGGAAGACCUCACAAACCUCUUUCUCCUAAGCAGAAUGUGAGGAAAAAUCUUGAUUUUGAACCACUUUCCACCACUGCUCUUAUCCUAGAAGAUAGACCAGCAAACCUCCCCGCAAAACCAGCCGAAGAAGCUCAGAAACAUAGGCAACAAUACGAAGAAAUGGUGGUUCAGGCCAAAAAAAGAGAGCUUAAAGAAGCACAGAGGAGGAAAAAACAACAGGAAGAGAGAUGUCGUUUGGAAGAAAGCAUUGGAAAUGCCGUCUUGGUCUGGAACAAUGAAAUUUUACCCAACUGGGAAACAAUGUGGUGUUCUCGAAAAGCUCGAGAAUUAUGGUGGCAAGGUAUUCCUCCAAGUGUGAGAGGUAAAGUCUGGAGCUUGGCCAUAGGGAAUGAGUUAAAUAUUACCCAUGAGCUCUAUGACAUUUGCCUUUCUCGAGCCAAGGAAAAAUGGAGGUCCCUCAGUGCUGGGACCUCUGAAGCAGAGAAUGAAGAUACAAGUUUUUCUGCAGCUGACAGAGAAGCCAGUCUGGAACUAAUCAAACUGGACAUUUCUAGAACAUUUCCUAAUCUCUGUAUUUUCCAGCAAGGUGGUCCAUAUCAUGACAUGUUGCACAGUAUUUUGGGCGCUUAUACUUGUUACAGACCGGAUGUUGGUUAUGUUCAGGGCAUGUCAUUUAUAGCAGCAGUAUUGAUUCUGAACUUAGAUACUGCAGAUGCCUUUAUUGCAUUUUCUAAUCUUUUGAAUAAACCUUGUCAAAUGGCUUUUUUUCGAGUGGACCAUGGCCUUAUGUUGACGUACUUUGCAGCAUUUGAGGUAUUCUUUGAAGAAAAUCUGCCAAAAUUAUUUGCCCAUUUCAAGAAACACAACCUAACUCCAGACAUCUAUCUAAUUGACUGGAUUUUUACCUUGUACAGUAAAUCUUUGCCACUUGAUCUGGCAUGUCGAAUUUGGGAUGUGUUCUGCCGUGAUGGUGAAGAGUUUCUGUUUCGUACUGCCCUGGGAAUACUCAAACUCUUUGAAGAUAUUUUGACCAAAAUGGAUUUUAUUCACAUAGCCCAAUUCCUCACUAAGUUACCAGAAGAUUUGCCUUCAGAAGAGUUCUUCACAUCUAUUGCUGCAAUUCAGAUGCAAAGUAGAAAUAAAAAGUGGGCUCAGGUACUGCUUGCAUUGCAGAAAGACAACCGGGACAUGGAAAAGGGAAGCCCUUCCCUCAGACACUGACGCUUCCGAUGGAUUGGGAGAAGAUGGGAAAAGAGAUAAUCCAGGGGCAGAUGUCUUGCUUUCAAAUGGAUAAGCAUUUGAGAAACAUCAAGUCUAUUAUUUUCAAGUUUUGUUAAUAAUACUAGAGUUGGCCUUAAAAACACAUUCCCACACAUACCUUUUUAAAAAGAGAAAACCAAGGCUUAGCCUUAAGAAGCUCUGUGGCAUGAUGACCUGUUAUUGAUUGUACACAGCCCUCACACUCUGUGCACGAUUUUGAAUAAGGGCAAUGACUAAGUUUUUCCUUUCAGUUUCCAAACAAGUUAAUUAAAUCUUAGCAAGUCAAUAUGAAAUGGUGGACAGUACUCUACAUUCUUGUAGCCAGAUUGUAUAAGAAAUGUGCUUUUGAAGAUCUCUUAAUCUGUGACACCAGUUCACGUUUGCAUAUUUUCAUUAUGGAAGAUAUUACUCUCAACUGUUUUUCCCCCCAAAGCUCUGGGUCUUGUUUUUGAAAACACAUUUACCAAAGAUAACAUUCAGUGAAAAUGGGAUUGGGGAUUGAUACAACCAAAAGAGCUACACCUUAUGGGAGAGGAGACCUGUUGCUUGUUUUGGAAUUUUACCAAGUUGCCUUUUAUAAAGUUUUUUUAGGAUACGUGUUUAUUUGAAGUGACACAUUUAAUAUCCAAAGAGUAUCAAGUUCUCUCAGAGACUGUUCCCCUGCUUUUUGGCAAUCAUACCAAGAGAAAAUAAAAAUUGGUAGGUAGAAGAACAUAAACAGGCUUUAUUUAUUGAUACAGAUGAAAUACAAAUACAGAGUCUAUAUGAAAGGAAAUUAUAUGAUAGACACACUCAGAAACAAAAAGAAAACCCCACCACAGUGGGUCAUGCAUGAGGGAACCCUACCAACCUUUCUAGUCCCUAAGGCCACUUCUUUCCCUGACUUCAUCAACUGAAUGUCAGAAUAAAUCAUAAGUGCCCAUAGUUAUCUCUAUGUAUGGCAUCAUGCGCUUUAGAAAUUGUCAUCAUCGCAGAAGAAUGAAGCAAUAUAUACCUAAUAGCUCUGAACUAGGAUAGAAGGUUGUUACUUUCAGACAAUUUUUCUAGUAAGAUAAUUAAGAACUUCAGUUAUUUUCUUUGUAGAAAAUGCUUGGGUUUUUUGUUUUUUUUUUAGCAAAAUUUUAGAAAUGGGUGAUAAUCUCUUUGUGAAUUCAUGACCUCUCUACCCCAGUUAUCCACCAGCUUAUUGGUUUCUUGAGUGCUGUUUUGACCAUUCAGAUCAUAUUGUGAUGUCACUUGACAUUCCCUUAAGUGUUUGCAAAUUAUAUCACCCAUACAAGAAGAAGAUAGCUUUUUACUCUUAUUUACAUGUCUGAUCCCCAAUGACAUACUUCUUUAAGUAGAUAGUUGCUGUUAGUGACUGAUCUCUUUGAUUAUAUCAGAAAUCUUACAUCCAUCCAAACCUUACUAUGGUCUUAUUUCCAUAGUUUUUCUAAGUCUACUACUUUCUCUUUUCAUAAAUCUAGAUGCAAUAGGCAACUAGAAGGUCAAUAGAUCUUCAGGUUAAGGUAUCUCAUUCUGAAGUCAUCAGUACGCCUAACAUCAAAUAUUUGCACUAUGUGUGGUUUGUUACCUUUUAAGGAACUUUUUUAGGUAUGUAUUCAGCUAUAAAAUGCUGACUCUCCCCCAGUGAGAUUUGUAAUAUGUUGUUGAUGUCACUUUUUGCCUCAGCCUUUAAAAAAGAUGACUUGCCUAUCAUUAAUUUUAAUUUUUUUGAGAAGGCAUUCCCUUUCCACUGGAUGCCCUACCAACCUUUCUAGUCCCUAACCCCUGCAGAAGCCCAUUUCCUAAAAUCAAGAUGUUGAAUGUAACACAGACUGAAAACGGCGUGGUUAUAACCAAGGCCUGCCACAGCACUUGUGCACUGUUAAUUAUCCACAGAUGUAAUUAUUUUUGUUCAAUGACUUAGGAUUUCUGAUCUCUGAGGAUGUAUAUAUUUUCUAUCUUUUCUUAGUGUACAUAAAUAUUUGUUAAGUAAUGAAGAAAAGUGAUGCAAUAAUGAGCUUUGCACAGUUUGUGAAAUUUUUCACCUGUCUAAAAAUUCAGCUAUUUAACUUUUUUCAUUAGACUAAUUUGGAAAAAAAAAAUUCCUUUGGAUAGCAUUAUUGAUGCAUGUGAAACCGGUACAGGAGUCCUUGGCCCUCUGUGAUUGGACUACUUACCCAAUCUCAAGUUUCGAAGAAUAGUUUUCACAACCAAUUCAGGGAUCAUCUAGGAUUUUGCCAACUUAAUUUUUACUGUUCAAGUGUGGGGGAGGUUUAAACUAUAAGGCAGAUGAACUUGCCCUCUUUUCAGGAGAUAUCCCUAUCCAAAAGAACUGGGCUUCUCUUUAAGAAUAACUGGAAAACAAAUAUUGAAAUGCUGCACCAUUUCAGAAGUCUGCAUUUUUACGUGCAACUCAAUUACAGAAUCUAAGACUUCAUGUUUGGGAUUUUGUGCAACCUGCACUUUAUAGUAGAGAACAAACUUGGCAUCUUUAAUCUCUAGUCAGAAUGUCUAAUUUAGUUUUAAAAAUUUCAUUUUAAACAUACUUUAUAAUUGCUUAUAUUUUUCAAUGUCUUAAUUCAAAUUGCUUAUAGAUAACUCUUGAUACACUUGCUACAUAUCAUGUUUUGAUUGUACAGUUACCCAUUUGUUUUAUUUAGGUAAGUGUAUCAAACAAAACUUUUUGAAUUGUAAAUAUGUGGUUUUAUUAAAUAAAAGUCAUAUAAAAUUG